AUGAACAUCGACGAAACAAUCUGCUACAUCACCGGGAACCUCUUUGAGAUCGACGAUGUAAGAGGGAGCUCGAACUUCAACAACCUUGGCCUUGACCAAGGAAAUAUCACUCAGUUGAUCCAGCACUUGAAUGAGUCGCUAGAUCUUGAUAUCCCGCUUGAUAAAGCGAAGGAUUUCAAUACGGUUGGGGAUUUGGCGGAUUAUAUCGAGGAGGAGUAUGAGGAAGAAGACGAUGAGGGGCGGCCGAGUGAUUAG